GUGAAAUACUAUGCAAAUCCCUUUUAGCAGCAUCGUUUAUUUAUUUUCUUUUCCACCUACGGAAACACCACGACAAUGUUGUGAUUUUGGUGCAGGAUACGUCGCGGAUUUGAAGUUCUGAUAGACUAGUGAAGCCAACAGACGACAUGCUGUCAGUUGUGCGGCUGUGUGUCCGAUCGCCGUGGAAAGCUUGGUCGGUCCGGGGAAUGAGUUGGUCUCCGCGUCAGAUCAACCGAUGGCCGAGCGAUCAGUUAUCCGAGUCUCCCACCGACAGUCCUCGCGUCCUCAUCACAGGUGGUCUGGGACAGCUUGGAGUUGGACUGGCUCAAAUGCUGAGGCACCAGUAUGGAAAGGAGAAUGUCAUCCUAUCGGACAUUAGAAGGCCUCCUAAUGAGGUUUACAACAUGGGUCCAUUUGUGUAUGCUGACGUUCUGGAUUAUAAAAACCUGAGGGAGCUAGUUGUAAAUAACAGAAUCACAUGGCUGGUCCAUUAUAGUGCUUUACUUAGUGCUGUUGGGGAAGCAAAUGUAGCGCUCGCUCGCACCAUUAAUAUCACAGGUCUGCAUAACGUGUUAGAUUUGGCCCUGGAGAACUGCUUGCGACUAUUUGUGCCUAGUACCAUUGGAGCAUUUGGGCCUUCGUCUCCCCGUGAUCCAGCCCCUGAUCUCUGUAUCCAGAGGCCUCGUACCAUUUAUGGAGUUUCCAAAGUCCAUGCUGAGCUGAUGGGGGAAUAUCUCCACCAUAAAUAUGGUCUGGAUUUCCGAUGCUUACGAUACCCCGGAGUGGUUUCUGCCAACACCAACCCAGGGGGUGGCACUACUGACUAUGCUGUCCAGAUCUUUCACGAUGCCCUCAGCACAGGCCAGCAUGAAUGUUAUUUACGCGCCAACACUCGGCUUCCCAUGAUGCACAUCCCUGACUGCCACAGGGCUACUGUAGAGUUCAUGCAGGCCCCUGAAAGCCGAUUGUCAUUACGUACUUACAACAUUGCAGCCAUGAGUUUCACACCCGAGGAAGUUGCAGGAGAGAUACGCAAGCACCUGCCCAACCUGAGGGUCACAUACAAUCCUGAUAUCAUCCGACAGACUAUUGCAGACAGCUGGCCAGUGCGAUUUGAUGACUCUAAUGCACGCCAGGAUUGGGGCUGGAAGCCUGCAUUUGGACUGUCAGAGAUGGUCACAGACAUGCUGGCCGCCAUCCGUGAAAAGAGAGAGAAUGCAGGACUAACCAUCAGCUAGCAUAUCAUCUCGAGGACAAAACACAGUUUACCAGCAUUUUUAGAAGCUUGGCAACCAGAAGAGGAAAAUACAUUUCCAAAUAAUAUUUUAAAUUGAAGCUGUUUCCUCAGAUCAUGCCCCUAUAUCGGUUAAAGAUCUACCAACACUGUCAGUCCAUAAACAUGCUUGUGAAGAAAAAGUGUAAACCUACAGUUAAAACUCUUACAAAUGCACAAACCUCAAACUGUCAGAUUUGCUGAGGGGUCUCUUUCUUUCUUAUGUAUUUCUACUUUUUUACACACACAACUACACAGCCCAACAAGCAAUAUAACAACACUGUAUUUUCCGCCCAGAAUUUAUAAGAAAAAUUGAAACACAUACAUUAAAUUAGACUCUAUUAAUUAGUCUGAUGCUAUUGAUAAAACUUAAAGAACAUUCUUUUUGGCAGAGGUGGAUUUUUCUCUGAUCUGAAUAAUUUAAACAAUAUCCAUUUGUACUGCAGGGAUUAUUUGUAAUUUUUCACAAAAUGCUCUAGAGAAUUCCUCGCAUUGUGUGGAUGAGGAUGCUGGUCUAAAAUUGAAAUAUGAUAUUGCCUUACUGCUGAAGGAAAGCCAUUUAUCAGUUGGCCACAAUUUAGGGUUAGUUAAACCCACUUUCUCUGUAUAGGCUUACUUUUUAAGAGGCAUUGAUGAAAGGUCUCUGAAUUCAUAUACAACUAUAUUAUAAUGAAUACUAAAUGACUCAGAAUUGGUGGUGUCGUUUUCUAAACUGAGCUGUUCAUACUGUGACCCAUGACACAUGAAAGAUGGCAUUAGCAGCCUGACACUUGACAUUUUUUACAUUUUCAUUAACAUUCCAAAUUUUUUUCUAUCUUAAACAUCCAACUCUGCCUUGUAAUAAUUUGACCAAAUUCUCCAUAGGGUAUACAAAAAAAUACAAUAUUAAAAGACUCAUCUCAUUUUCAAAUUUAGGGUGUGAUUUCUGGACAA